GAAGGCCCCUUUGUUGGGGUGGCGGCCGGGCGCUGCUCUCUGCGGCCGGUGGCGAUGCCGCUGUACGAGGGCCUGGGGAGCGGCGGGGAGAAGACGGCGGUGGUGAUAGACCUGGGAGAAUCUUUCACCAAAUGUGGUUUUGCAGGAGAAACAGGACCAAGAUGCAUUAUUCCUAGUGAAAUAAAGAAACCUGACAUUCCUAAGCCUAUCAAAGUCGUUCAGUAUAAUAUUAAUACAGAAGAGUUGUAUUCAUAUCUGAAGGAAUUUAUUCACAUGCUGUAUUUCAGACAUCUGCUGGUGAAUCCCAGAGAUCGCCGCGUUGUAAUAGUGGAAUCUGUGCUAUGCCCCUCACACUUCAGAGAGACACUCACUAGAGUUCUUUUCAAGUAUUUUGAGGUUCCUUCCGUGUUGUUUGCCCCAAGUCACUUGAUGUCUCUUCUGACGCUUGGGAUUAAUUCUGCUAUGGUUUUAGACUGUGGAUACGCAGAAAGUCUUGUGCUGCCUGUAUAUGAGGGAAUCCCAGUUUUGAGUUGCUGGGGUGCCCUUCCCCUCGGAGGAAAAGCAAUUCACAAGGAGCUGGAGAAUCAGUUGUUGGAGCAAUGCACUGUUGACACAGGAGUAGCUAAAGGACAAAGACUCUCAUCAGUGAUGGGCUCAGUUCCAGAAGACAUUGUAGAGGAUAUAAAAGUCCGUACUUGUUUUGUGAGUGAUCUCCAGCGUGGGCUGAAAAUCCAGGCAGCAAAGUUUAACAUGGAUGGCAGUGCUGAGCGUCCUUCACCACCUCCAGAUGUAGAGUACCCUCUAGAUGGAGAGAAGAUUCUGCAUGUAGUUGGAUCAAUCAGAGACUCAGUUGUUGAAAUAGUGUUUGAGCAGGAUAAUGAAGAGAAAUCAGUUGCCACUUUAAUACUGGAUGCACUUAUUCAGUGCCCAAUAGACACCAGGAAGCAGCUGGCUGAGAAUUUAGUAGUUAUUGGUGGCACUGCUAUGUUGCCAGGAUUCCUACACAGAUUAAUGGCUGAAAUUAGGUACCUGGUUGAUAAACCAAAAUACAAAGAAGCACUUGCCACUAAGACCUUCAGAAUUCACACUCCACCUGCCAAACCCAACUGUGUGGCUUGGCUGGGAGGAGCCAUUUUUGGAGCUCUUCAGGACAUACUUGGAAGCCGUUCAGUGUCCAAGGAAUAUUACAGUCAGACAGGCCGUAUACCUGACUGGUGCUGUCUCAAUAACCCUCCUUUGGAAAUGAUGUUUGAUGUUGGCAAAGCCCCACCACCAUUAAUGAAGAGGGCUUUUUCCACUGAGAAAUAAGCAUCUGAAUUCAACACAGCUGCACAAGGGUUCCUUUCAUGUAUUUCAAGCAGACCUGUACAAGUUGCUUCUUCUGCAGUAAGGGAAUCAGGUGUAACACUGUUUAAAAUUAAUUAUAUAGGUGUGGCUUGGGAGCAUCUUGUUAGCUGGAACUAUAUUGAAGUUGGAUACAAUUCUACAUUUAGAUUUAAAAAAACCCAAAACACUGGUUUUGACAACGGUGAUGUACUUGUGGGUUUUUGUUUUUUUUUUUCUUUUCUCUCUAUGGAAAUAUUGUAACUGGCACAAGUUGUUAACUACUAAGUUGUUUGCUC